AUGUCUGUCACAGCUACGGUGACCCAGGUGGCUAAUCCGAACUUGCACGGCUUUGGUCGAAUGCGUGUCGACGGCAUAGAUCAGCACUUCGGUGAUUUCCGCGAUGAAUUGACUCGUGACGGCUUCGCGAUUAUGCAUUCGUGGCUGGAGAACUUCAAUCUGGACUACGACCGCAAUGAUCCUUCGACCGUUCACAAGGACAAGCUUCCUCUAAUCAACGAGAAGGUCGUCGGAGCUUUUGAGAAGAUUUAUGACGAUGAAGACCUCAUUGUAUCUUUUGAUGCUAUCAACUUCCAGUUUCCUAACCGGACAGAUAUUGCACCCAACGAGCCUUGGCCGCACCAGGACCAGAAUCCGGAGAAGCAUGGCGUCCGCUGCAUACAAGGCCUCGUAAAUAUGCUGCCCAACGGGCCAGAGGACGGAGGUUUGAUCGUCUGCCGAGGUGGCCACCUUCUAUCCGAGCAGUUCCAUCGUGAGAUGGCAGACGAAGAAAGAAUCCCAGCUUGGACACCUGAGUGGUAUGGUUUCACCGAGCGAGGCAUGAAGUGGCUCGAAGACCACGGAUGCACUUGGGAGAAGGUGUGCGCUGAACUGGGAGAUCUCUUGCUCUGGGACUCGCGCACACCGCACUACAAUCUCAGCCCCAAGAAAACCCGGCCCCAAUUGGCAGUUUACACAUGCUUCAUGCCGGUCGCAGAUGCCUCGCAGGAUGAUCUUCUGCGAAAGAAGGACGCCUUUGAUCGACGUGUCGGGACCACCCAUUGGCCCAAUGCAAAGCAUACUGGAUCCAAUGUCGCUCAGCGGGAUGGAAAAGAUGAUCCACACAAUCGUAAUAAGCCGGUCAAUGACCCAGACCUUAGCGAGCGGGCUUUCAAGUUGACGGGCAUUCCAUACAUCAAGCACAAGGACAAAGCGACUAUCAAGCAAACUAUCGCGACAGCUUGA